AUGAUGACCAACACAACGGACAUUCCGCAGAAAGACCCAGAGCUUAUUGCAUUUGGCGAUCUCGCCGCCUCCGAGUGUCUGGAUUCUCUCCAGGGACUACUACAUUCGAAAAACAAUGCCAACCUUUCCGAUUUCUUUGUCCGUGUGAGUUUCGGCCUUCGCCAGUUUCUCGGAUGCCUUCCAUCCACGCAGCAACAUCUCUUCCCGAGGUUCUCGACACUUGUAGAUCUCCUCGACAAGUGGGAGUGCGCUCCCGGUCGACCCGCAUUACAACUCUUCCUGCUGAGCGUGCUGCAGAGCGCUCAGUUUAUCCACCAUUACGGCGGAAAUGCAGCCACGGAAUAUCCAUCGGCGGCGGAUACGUGCAUAAUCAGCAGCUGUGCGGGAAACUUUACUGCUGCGGCCGCCGGCUGUUCCUCAUCGGUGACUAGUUUUGUUCCCUUGGCGGUAGAGUCUGCGCUGGCUGCUUUCAGAACCGGCCUGAAGUCAUGCCUGGUUGGGGAGACGAUUGCGGUUGAAAGGAGCGAUGCGUCAAUGACAUGGUCGGCGUCGGUUUUGCCAACGACAAAUGCCACCGUUGAGGAGCUCCUCGCCUCAUUCACCAAGUCCGCAACUGUAUUGGAAGAUUAUGAAGCAAUAUGGGUUACUGCCAGAACCCCUACUGAAGUCACGACUCUCGGUGGAAGACCUCUUGUCUUGUCCGACUUUGUGGCAGUCAACAAGGACAAGCUGAGAGUCAAGUGGUUGGACAUUGCGUCUCCGUAUCACGCGCCACACUUGUUUAGCGAGCGGGAUAUUGAUGAGAUUAUGGAAGGAGUUGCGGAAAAUACCGCGACGUCCGCAGCAUCGAGAAUCGCUCUAUUGCCCGCAUAUUCUAGCGCUGAUGCAAAGACGGAUUUCUUGGGCCGCCUUCGCAUGGCGGUUGACGGUGCACUAAGACGGCAGUUGGACUUGGAUGCCGUGUUUAGAUCAUGCGGCGAACAUCUAAGCCAGAUGGGGAGUCGCAGAUGUCGUCUCACGGCGAUCGCGUAUGGAACAACAUCGAUGCUCUCCACGGCCUUGCUUAACAACUUUGGGAUUCAUUUGGACAUGACAGAUGUGUUGCAAGUAACUUCUGAUACUAGUCACGUCCCUGGGAGGUUUGAACAAUCCAAAAUUGCUAUUAUUGGAUAUUCUGGGCGGUUUCCGUCAGCGGACUCUACUGAAGCAUUCUGGGAGCUCCUCCGCGCGGGUCGCGACGUCCACCGCGAGAUCCCAGAUGAUCGCUUUGACCACAAGACACAUUACGAUGCGGAGGGAAGGGCUACGAAUAAAUUCCGAGUUAAGCACGGAUGCUUCGUGAAUUCACCUGGUCUUUUUGAUGCUCGAUUCUUUAACAUGUCGCCUCGAGAGGCGGAGAACACGGACCCAGCUCAAAGACUAGCCAUUCUCACAACAUACGAAGCCAUGGAGAUGGCAGGCUUUGUCCGAAACAGAACCCCCAGUACUCAAGACGACCGUGUCGGAGUGUUUUUCGGAUCAACCAGCGAUGACUGGCGCGACAUCAACGCUUCACAAAACGUCGACACCUACUUCAUACCAGGCGGAAAUCGAGCGUUUUGUCCCGGGCGCAUCAGCUACUUUUUCCGUCUAUCCGGACCAAGUCUUAGUGUCGACACUGCAUGCUCUUCCAGCUUUGCGGCGCUGCAAAUAGCCUGCAGCUACUUGUUGAGCGGGCAAUGUGACACCGCCAUUGCUGGUGGCAGCAACAUCAUGACCAACCCCAAUAUCUUCUGCGGCCUGGACAGAGCCCAUUUCCUCUCUACCACCGGAAACUGCAACGUAUUUGACGAUGCAGCGAAUGGAUACUGCAGAGCCGAUGCCGUUACUAGCGUGAUUCUCAAACGAUUGGAGGACGCCGAGGCUGACAACGAUCCAAUAUUGGGCGUCAUCGUCGCGGCUGGUACGAAUCACUGCGGGCAUGCCGAGAGCAUCACUCGACCGCACGAGGGUGACCAGGCCGCGCUGUUCCAACAGAUUCUCCGGCGGGCCAACUACGACCCUCUGGACGUUGGCGUAGUCGAAAUGCACGGGACCGGAACGCAGGUUGGAGACGCCACUGAAAUGAGCUCCGUGUUAUCGACGUUUGCGCCCCGAGCGGAACGGUCAGAAACCCAACGAAACAGACCGUUGUACGUUGGCUCUCUCAAGGCAAAUGUCGGACAUGCCGAAGCUGCGUCUGGGAUCACGUCCUUGAUCAAGAUCCUCCUCAUGCUCAAGCACAAUGAGAUACCGCCGCACUGUGGCAUCAAGACCCAAAUCAACCGCAGUUAUCCUGCAGAUUUGGCAGCAAGAGGAGUGUAUAUUGCAGCCCAACCUACCGCGUGGCCUCGUUAUCCAAGUUCUACGAAACGAGCCGCAUUCGUAAACAACUUCAGUGCAGCAGGCGGCAACACUGCAGUCCUGGUGGAAGAGGCGCCACGACGGUCGGGAAAUGUCCAGGAAAUGGACGGCCGUCAAACCCAUCUAGUUGCCGUCACCGCAAAAACAGCACCAUCUCUUCUGAACAAUGCCCAGUCGCUCGCGUCAUGGCUUCAACAUCACCCGGACACGGCGCUCUCCGAGCUCUCCUACACCACCACAGCGCGACGCACACAUCACGAGCAUCGAAUAAUGGUGUCUGCAGAAAACGUGCCCUCGCUGAUAAGGGACCUCGCAUCACUGUCAAACCAAGAUCCCAAAACGGUCAAGCCCAUUCCGCCUCCGGGAAAACGGCCCCGGAUCGUAUUCACAUUCACCGGCCAGGGAAGCCUAUAUAUCGGCAUGGGCAGAGAUCUCUUCAACGUCUACCGGUCUUUCCGCCAGGACGUCACUCAGCUGGACCAACUUGCCGAAAGCUACAGCUUCCCAAGCUUCAUCAGCCUGAUCAACGGCUCAACCAGCGCUGAGAUUCACACCCUCAGCGCAGUCACCUCUCACCUCGCCCUUCUGUGCACCCAGCUCGCGCUCGUCAAGCUCCUCCACAGAUGGCGAAUCCAACCAACUGCCGUCAUCGGCCACUCCCUCGGCGAAUACGCCGCACUAUACGCGGCGGGCGUCAUCAGCGCCGGCGACGCGAUAUACCUGGUAGGAAAACGGGCCUCGCUGCUGGACCAGCACUGCAGAAAGGGCACGCACGGGAUGCUCGUCGUCAAGGCGUCUCGCCGGGAGACGGAGCGCCUGCUGCGCGUGGUAGGGACCGACUUCGAGGUGGCUUGCGCGAAUCAUCCUGGCGCGCAUGUCGUGGCAGGCCCCAAGGACCAAAUGCCUGCUGUGAUUAUCGCAGCCCACGGGGCGGGAUUGGCAACCGUCGAGUUGGACGUGCCGUUUGCUUUUCACUCGAGCCAGGUAGAUCCUAUCCUGCCGGGAUUCGAGGCCGCCGCGCAGGCCGGCGUUGUUUUUCGCGCUCCCAAGGUGCCUUUUAUUUCGCCGUUGCUGGGGAGAGUUGUGGCGGACGGCGAAGACGGCGUUCUCAAUGUGUCGUAUCUUGCGCGGGCUAGUCGGUGUCUUGUCGACUUUAGCACGGCUUUGACCGUGGCACAGGGCCAUGGGUUGUCUGGCAAUGGUGUGAUUUGGUUGGAAGUCGGAGCGCGCCCUCUUUGCGCCUCGAUGAUUAAACAGACUCUCGGGGCGGGGGAACGGGUGCUGAAUACGUUGAGAGAGAACUUGGGAGGUUGUCAAACCAUGGCCAAGGCGGUAGAGGCGCUGUAUCUUGCGGGUAUGGACGUGGACUGGAGUGAAUACCAUCGCGAGUUUCCGGCAGCGCACGUGGUUCUAGAUCUUCCUCGCUACGCGUGGGACCUGAAGAACUACUGGAUUGACUACAAGGAUGACUUUUGUGUGAAUAGGAAGAUUUGUUUGGGAAAGACGCAAGACGCUGAGCUCCAGACUCGAGUCGAAACGUUCAAGUAUAUAUCUCCAGUGGCGCAAAAGGUCAUAGAGGAGACGCACACGCAGACCAAGUCUUGCAUGGUUGUGGAAUCAGACAUCUUUCAUCGGGAGCUAUUACCGGUUCUGCGAGGCCAUGCCAUCAAUGGUUCAUUUCUUUGCCCUUCGUCGCUGUAUGCCGAGAUUGCCCUGACUCUCGGUGAGUACCUCGUGCAAGAACGCAAGUUGUGCCGAGAGAGUACCGGUUUGGAGAUUUUUAACCUCCGCAUCGACCAGCCUCUUAUUGCAAAGGACGAUGAAACAAGCCGCAUCUUUCGAGUCACAACGGAAGCAGACUGGAGCUCCAACAUGCUCAGCUUGGCCAUUUCCAGUGUUUCUCCGUCUGGGGAGCAACCUGUUUCCCAUGCUACCGUUCAUGUACGCAUUGUUCCCAAUCAGCGCUGGCUCGCGGAUUGGAAGCGCAACUCACAUCUCGUCAUGUCAAGAGUUCAGGCGCUUGAACGAAGCAACAAUAGUCAGAAGCUGCGACGACGCAUGGUUUACAAAUUGUUUGCCGCCGUGGUCGACUACAGUGACGAUUUCAAGGGCAUGUCCCAAGUUCUGCUGGACACGGAUGCGUUGGAAGCCGUUUCGACGGUGCAAUUCCAAAUUGAAUCCCGGGAGGGCCGGCUUGGUAUGGAUGCCAGGUGGAUUGACAGCUUGGGCCAUAUUUCGGGCUUCAUCAUGAAUGCUAAUGAUGCCACGAACAGCCAAGAGCAAGUAUUUAUCAACCACGGGUGGGAAAAGCUGCGCCAUGCCGAGAAGCUCACGGCAUCAAAGACGUAUCGCGCAUAUUGCAGAAUGCAGCUUGAAGAGAAGACGACUUUUGUUGGCGAUGUGUUUGUCCUUGAUGGGGAUCGGAUAGUAGCCGUGUACGAAGGAAUCAAGUUUGUCGGAAUGCAACGUCGGGUUCUCAAUCAUCUGUUGCCUGCGAAACGCCUAGUCAGAGGACAAGAGCCGGCCGCAACGGGGGCUGUUCGGCACGAUUCCGGCCUUUGCUAUUCCGGUAGCAAUACCAAGAAAAGUGUUUCUCAUGAAGUAGCCUCGGCCAUCGGCAAUCAGCCAUCCGUUACUGCGUCUGGGUUUGGGCCUGUGAUGGAGAUUAUUUGUCAAGAAAUUGGGAUCCCGCCCUGCGAUCUGGACCCCGAGUCCCAACUUGCCGACUUGGGUAUUGACUCACUAUUAUCUCUGACCAUUACUUCUCGCGUUCGACAAGAACUUGGUCUAAGCAUUUCUUCAGCGGAACUUCUUGCGUGUGGGCUGGUAGGCCAAGUACAACACCUGUGCGAGGGCAGUUUCGUCUAUUCAUCCUCAACAGACGACAACUCCUCCAAUGGCAGCGAGGUCACCAGUGCUUAUGAGAGCGUCGUUUCAGCCACGAGCGAGGUAUGCAUGUCAGAAACAUCAGACGGCGAUUCGAUCCGAAGCGUGUUGUGGGAGACGAUCGCCCGCGAAACGGCCACACCUGUCGACGAAUUGUUGCCAUCUACCUCUACUGCUGACGCCGGCAUUGAUUCUCUUCUUGCCAUAAUAAUUGCAGGGACACUGUGUGAGAAGCUCAGCGUCAAGAUUACCGGCGCCACCAUCCUGGGCUGCGAGACUCUUCUCGAUUUAGAGGUAGCGUUACGCAAGAUUCUCUGUAACUUGCCAAGCCCAGGUUCAGCAGGAGCUAUAAAGACUGGCUUCCCAAGCGCCCCUACGACGCAGGUACUUGAUGCUGUUCCCAAGUCCAUUUCAGCCGAAAAUCCCCACGGAUCAAUACUCUCGCGAGACUCGGCGGCAGACUCUGUGCUUCUGAGCGGUUCAGUGAGCACGGCCAAGUCCGUCUUGGUCCUUUUCCCAGAUGGAUCUGGAUCGGCCGCAUCAUAUGCCAACCUAGCCCCGAUGUUUUCCAAAGACGUGGCCGUGUACGGAGUUAAUUGCCCCUGGCGCAAGAAUGGCCUAGAGUUGAUUCGGAAGAAGAUCACGGUCUCUCAAAUUGUAGCCAGGCAACUAGUUGAAGUCCGCCGCCUCCUUGAGACUCAUAAGCAGCACGGUUGGCAAAAUCACCCCACCGGGACUCCGAAUCUGGUGUUUGGGGGCUGGUCCGCAGGAGGUGUACUUGCAUAUGAAGCCAUACGACAGUUAGCUGAUGAAGGCGUUCCUGUGAGGAAAUUGCUUUUACUAGACUCACCGGAUCCGUUCGGUUUACAGAUCCCAUCUAGGAAAAUGUCUUACUUUUUGAAAGAUGUACUAAGAUUUGGUGGGAGAACGGGGAAAGCGCCAGACUGGCUCCUCCAGCAUUUUGAUGGCAUGGUCGAGGUGUUGGGAACUUAUUCGCCGUUGCCGCUUGCAAGCAGCACUGACCUGGACACUUUGCUGGUAUACGCAAGGAAAGGAGCGAAUAAUGAUUAUGAAGGCCAAGAGAGAGAGCUCCACGCCCCUGGUAAUCGUGACAUCUGUUGGAUUCUGAGAGAUCGCACUGACUUCACUGCCAACGGUUGGAAGCGAUUGGUGGGGUCUGAAAGGAUUGGCAUAGAGAUCUUGGACCUGGCUGAUCACUUCACCAUGAUGGACGAUGUGCAUCAACUGAAGCAACUCGGAAAUAUUGUGAAUGGCUUUUUGAGAUGA